UCUGAUCCAGUGGACAUGGUUACUUUUGUCAGUAAUCAGGACGAAAUGUAUUACUUUCUUAAAAACGAUAGCACUUCAACAAGAAUUGUGUUGAAGGAUUCUGGGUUACUGCAACACCUCGGGUGGAACAAUGCGGAUAGAGAAUGGAAGGAAAUAUGGUCUGCGCCAAAAUAUCAGUGUGACCUGUAUGGAGAGUGCGGUGCCAACAGCAAAUGUAGCCCUGACAAUAUCCAUUUGUUUGGGUGUGAGUGUUUGCCAGGGUAUGAACCGAAGUCUGUCAAUGAUUGGAAGAUGAGAGAUGGUUCGGACGGGUGUGUGAGUAAACGACUUGCGGUAUCAAAGUGUAGGAACGGAGAAGGGUUCAUGAAAGUGGCACGAGUUAAAGAUCCAGACACAACCAAAGCAGCACGGCUGAAAAAAGGUAUUAGUAUCAAAGAGUGUGAGCAGGUGUGCUUAAGCAAUUGUUCUUGCACUGCAUAUACGGUCAUAGAAUCUGAAGGGCGCGGUGAUUGCUUGACAUGGUAUGGUGAGUUGCUGGACAUUUUAGUGCACACAGAGGUAGGGCAAGAUCUAUAUGUACGUGUGGACAAAAUCGAAUUAGCUGAAACUGCCCGAAACUCGAAAGGUUUUCUUAAAAGGAGAGGUAUGCUGGCUAUUCUGAUGUUGUCUGUUCUUCUAGCAUUGGUACUGAUCGUUGCGUUGGCCUGUUGGAGGAUUAAGAAAAAGAGGAAGACAAAAGUUGAGAUCGAAGAAACUAGGGGACAUCCCGAAUUGCAAUUUUUCCAUCUGAGAACGAUAAUUGCAGCUACAAACAACUUCUCUCCAGUCCAAAAACUUGGCCAAGGUGGUUUUGGCACUGUUUAUAAGGGUGUGUUACGAAAUAAUCAGAAUAUUGCUGUAAAAAGAUUAUCCAGAACUUCAGGACAAGGAGUUGAAGAAUUCAAAAAUGAAGUUGCGCUGAUAGCGAGACUUCAACACAGGAAUCUUGUGAAACUUUUAGGUUGUUGCAUAAAGGGAGAAGAAAGGAUGUUAGUCCUGGAAUACUUGCCGAACAAAAGCUUGGACUAUUUUCUUUUCGAUCACACAAAAAAGUCCUUGCUGGAUUGGCAAAAGCUGGAUUGGCAAAAGCGAUUCGAAAUCAUCAAUGGGGUUGCUCGUGGGGUUUUGUAUCUUCACCAGGACUCAAGACUUAGGAUUAUUCACAGGGAUCUAAAAACCAGCAAUGUCCUUCUAGACGCUGAGAUGAACCCAAAAAUUUCAGAUUUCGGCAUGGCAAGAAUCUUCUAUGGGGACCAACUCCAGGAUACGACCAACAAAGUUGUUGGAACAUAUGGCUAUAUGUCACCAGAGUAUGUAGUGUUUGGGAGAUUUUCAACCAAAUCAGAUGUUUUUAGUUUUGGGGUCAUAUUAUUGGAGAUUGUAAGCGGCAAGAAAAACAACAGUUUCGAUCAAGAGGAUCAUUUCAGAAACUUAAUAGGACAUGUUUGGCAGUUGUGGAGUGAAGACAGAGCCUUAGAAAUUGUGGAUUUGUCACUGGAGUCAUACUCACCCGACGAAGCCAUGAGAUGCAUUCAAGUCGGGCUCUUGUGUGUCGAAGAAGAGUCGAAGAACAGACCAUCCAUGUCAGCUGUUGUUUUUAUGUUGAGCGGCGAAGCAUCUGCUCCAUCUCCUCAGCAGCCUGCAUUUGCCUUGAGAAAAAAUUCAUGCAGCGAUGCUGCUGUUCCAUCAGUUUCCAAAGGAUCGUGUUCUAUCAACGACGUGACAAUAACUAAAUUUGAAGGUCGAUAACUAAAUUCUAAUGUCGUCUAUGAUAAAACAUGAUCCAUUGGGAACUGAAUCAUAUACGUUGAAAUGAGAUUUCAGUUAUAUAGGCUAUUUCAUGCACUUACAAAUACCUCUUGGAUGUAUCUGAUAAUACAGAACUCUUUCCAACAGUUAUGUAUCCUAAUCAAAACGUUUUUAAUAUUAAUUAAAAACUUAAUCCAAAAUUAAAAUCA